AUUUCUUUUCCCGCGCUUUUCUAUCGUUAUUUUUUACGUGUGGGAGAGAGAGCGUACCAGGGAGCGGAACCAUCGCUUGGGUCUUGCUUCCUCAUCUUCUCUCCCUUUCUCUCAAUUGAUUUCUACUACUCUUUCCCCACUCUUACACCAACCACUAUCAACUUCCUCAUCCUUUACCCCCCAUCGCCUACUUCUUUCACUACGCCUUUGCAUGAUGCCAGCCACGAUUGGGAUCCAAUCUACGUUCCCUACGCACGCGACCCAUUCGAUCAAUGUCACACCGCUGACCCCACAAUAUCCAUAUCUGGCUUCUGCUUCCGAAUUCGACAGCCAAUUCGACGAAGGCGACUCAAUGUCGUUCGACAACAGCACACACGCGCGCGAUUUCGAGAGUGCCUUCUGUCGGGACUUUUAUUGCUGCGGGCUCAGGUUAUACGACCUACACGAUUUACUCCAGCAUUAUGAAGAGUGUCAUGUCCGGUUCGAGGACGAGAAGAAUGAGGGGAGUGAGGAUGACAGUGACGAUGAAAUGGCUGGGAAUGAGUCUGACGAAUUGGAGGAGGAUAGCUGGAGUGAUGAAGAUUCGGGACCCUCAAGUCCUUCGUCCACAGCGGUUUCUGGAUUGAGCAUGUGUGCUGGAGUGCAGGCGGGAGCGGGGUUGGGGUUGGGAUUGGCUGCGGCAACGAUGAAUGGGAAUCCGCUGUACAACAAUACUUUGCAGGCCCAUUAUUGUAACGUGCAUUUCUCAGCAGCACAGGAGAAGGGGAUGAUGCAUCAGGGUAUUGCUAUUCACAAGAUGCACCCGUUGUACCGACAUCCGAGUCUUAGUAGUUCGUCGUCAAGCGACGCGGAAACCGUCAUCGACGGGUAUGAUGGAUUGAAUGCUGCGACGAAGCGGAAGGCGGCAAUUUCAUUGGCGGAUAUCUAUGCUGCAGACCACGGUGGCAGCUACACAAAGUUUCAGAGUGGGUCGCUCUCGGAACUGGAGCCAACGAAUCCUCUUGCAAAACGACAUGCGACCGAGUCGUGUCAGCGAUCUUUUCAGCCGUCCGUCUUCUCGGACGUAAAUCGACCUGACUUCACAAGAAAUCCUUCAAAAUUCACAUAUGAGACUUUACGAAACUCUACGCCGUACCACAGUAUUCCUCGCCCGCUAUUAACCGAGCACCCACCGACUUCUCCGUACAUCAACGCCGCCGUUGACUUGAUGCGCCAACGCGAAGAAGUCUUCUCGCUCAUGGAAGACAUCACCCGCACCUCCUCCAGUCUCAGCUCGGGCGACAAACCUUACCGCUGCACCAUCCCCGGCUGCGACAAGUCCUACAAGAACCCGAACGGCCUGAAAUAUCACAAUCUCCACGGUCACUGUUCUGUCGGGGGAGUGUCUGAGCUCGACCCACCCGAGUCUAGACCCUACCUGUGCACGUUUCUCGAGUGUGGCAAGCGAUACAAGAACCUGAACGGACUAAAGUAUCAUAUUGAGCAUUCGCAUCCGAACUUGACGGCUGCAUUGAGGGCCCAUCAGUCUGGAAUUUAUCCACUUGUCUUUGGACCGUUCCCGAACCAGGCAGCGAUUACGAUUGCGGCGGCGGUGCAGGCAGUGAACGCGAGUCCGAUGAUGAUGGCGGCCACGAACGCGAUCAUGACGGCGCAGGCCAUCAAUGCCGCGAAUACUGCGAAUGCGAGUGCGAGCGCCGAAACCGGUGAGACGGGGGCUACACUAGCGGUGCCGAGUGUUUUGGCUGGAUCUUCUUUUAGUGGAUAAGGACAUGGCCUGGAGAUGGGUCCGGCAGGUUUACUUGGAGUCGGGACGGGUUCAGGAUCUGUUUCUCGACCUGUGACCCCGUAAUCGUAAAUGAUUAGGAUGAAUAAGAAGGGUGUGAUGGUGGUGAUGUGCAUGAAUUUCCAUGCAUGCUGGUUGUGCUGCGCCCGACCCAGUUUCAGGCUGGUCUCAGGCUACUCAGGGGGUGUUCUGUUGAAUAAUAAACGCCAAAGCCAC